AUGAUUGAAUUGUGCGAUUUAUCAUCGGACGAUGAAACAUGUGAUGUUGUCACAUCAUCAAAUACCAUUGAUUCAACAUUAGAUAAAGUUGGUUCAUCACCAAACGCUUGUCGUUCUCCUGGUCAAAGUUUAACAGAUUCAAUUGAAUAUAGUACAUCGAAUAUCAAGAGAUUUUUAAAAGAACAGCCGGACAAAUAUGUACUUGUGAAUAACCACAAAGUCAAUCCAACAAAACCAGCUGCCUGUUGGAAUCGUUUUUCUCUCCCUGCAGUGAAAGAUGAAACUGGUCGUAGUACUGUCAUCAAAAACUUCGCAACGUGUCGAUCUUGUUACACCACUUAUUCAUUCAGUCUUGGAUCAACUAAAUCAUUAAAUUCGCACAAAUGUGCACCAUCGACGCCAUCAUCUCCAUCGUUUAGCAUCAGAACACAAUGGAAAUCGAAGACCAGCCAACUUUGUGGUGGAAAAAAGGUCUCAUUGACAUCAAUUAUUACAAAGUGGGUGUGUGAGAGUAUGCGUCCGCUCAGUAUUGUCGAAGACAAUGGUUUUUUAAACAUCAUUCAAGAAUGUUUAAAUUGGAAUAGCGGUCCCCUCGCUGGUGUUAAUAUAAAGGAUAUUGUCCCUUCGAGAUCGGCAAUUGCACGAGAAAUUACUCGGCAAGCGAAUGAAAUUCGCGAACGUCUAGGCGUUGAACUGAAAGAUGCAGCGAAUAAAGGAUAUUUAUCGAUUAGUCCAGACCUUUGGUCUGACAAGUACAAGCAAAACAGCUAUCUUGGACUAACAGCUCAUUAUGUUGACGAUGAUCAUGUCUUACAUUCAGUUAUUCUCUGUUGCGAACCCUACAAUGAAAUCGAUAAACGUGCUGAUAGUGUUCGAAAGGCAAUUACUACAGCGCUUUCUCGAUUUCAACUUGAUGUUUUAAUGGACAAAAUCACGUAUGUAUGUGAUCGUGGCAGUAAUCUGGUGAAAGCAUUAGAAGAUUAUGAAGUUGUUCAUUGUUUUCCUCAUCGAUUAAACAACGUGGUCAAGCGAGCGUUUUAUAGUGCUGGUACAGCAGAGAAGAACGAGAAAAAGAAGAAAGGGUCAACAAAGAAGAACCCGAACAAUGACCAAUUUAGUCGAAUUUCUUUUAUCUCAGAUGAUCAAGAUCCUUUGAUGGACUACGAUGAUCGAGACUCUAGUGAGAGCGAAGAUGAUGAUGAGGAUGUUGUUCUCGAUGCAAAAACAGUUGAGCUGGCACUUAGAAAUUUUUCACCGUCUCCUGAAUGCGACCAUAUCAAUGUGUUAGAGAAAGACUUGCCUCUUCCAGCCACUCACGUUUUGGCAACGAUUGUUCGAUGUAAACAAUUAUGUUGUUAUGUGAAACGGGUGAAUUGGAAUCCGCUACUUCAACAAUUGAAAAAAGCCACGAUAAAACAAGAAAUCAUUGUCAGAUGGCUUUCCAUGUCACAGUUACUCGAAAGUAUCCUUUCUUCAUACUCAGCAUUAACUAAUAUUGCAAGCGAGAAAGGGACUCUUCAUACUCUUCCUUCAAUCGAUGUAACAUCACUAGCCUCUAUCGUUAGUUUAUUUUCACCGUGGAAACAGGUAAUAGAACGAAUACAAUCAACCAAUACACCAUCACUUCAUCUUGUUGUUACGUCUCACUGGUAUCUUCUUGAGAGCAUGACCGUGACCAAAGAGGAGCUAUCUGAUAAAACAGCUCAAGGUAUUGUUUUUUUUAAAACUCGAGCUCGACAAUUAUUGAAAGCAAUGUUUGCCAUUCACGAAAUGCACUGGAUCGCUGCAGUACUUAAUCCACGAACACGUAUGCUGAAAAUAGCAACCGACGCUGAACGGUGUCAUGCACAUGGCUUAGUUUGCUUUAAGAUUGCAAAGAUCAUAGAAACAGAUCGAAUUAAUAGUAAUCAAUCAAUGCAAUCUGUAGAAACAGUUGCUCCAUCGUCGCCUCCUCAUAAGAAAUAUAAAUCUUUUACAACACAAUUUGAUGAUGAUGCCAGCUUUAAUCAAAUAAACUAUGACCCGACAAAUACGAUGCGAGCUCGCCGUGAAUUAGAUGCUUAUUUGCAAUUAGACUUAUCGAAGUCUACCUAUUCUGCAGAGCAGUAUGAUGAUCCAUUAUUGUUCUGGAAGGAACAUGAACGUAUUUUGCCUAAUUUGUCAAAAUUAUCGAAAAUGGUAUUCAGUAUUCCUGCCUCUUCUGCUGCUGUAGAACGGUCAUUUAGCGCUGCUGGCUUUAUCAUAUCCCAAAGAAGAACUAAUCUCAAUCCAUCAACAGUCAAUGACAUGAUGCUAGUGCGAUCAGCUGCUGCUCAUUUGAAGAGUGCAGUUUGA